ACAUCACAAUCCUGGGAAUGGACAUUGAUGUGCAAACCAUAGAGGACAAUGUCAUCAGCUUGGAGAUGCUGUUUAAGACAUGGCUACAUGACUAUGGCACAGAGAGAGAACACCUCCACCUCCUCCUUCCAUCAGGAGGCUUCAUCCAUGCCACUGGACCCAAGACCACUCUAAUGUGCCUGAAGUGCGAUUUGCAGGAGAGAAUGCUCGACCCAGCUCUACUUUCUGGGACAGCUGACGGCCCUGCGAAAGCAGCAGAUUUGAACUCACCCUGCCAGAUGGCAGCCUGGCCAGCCGCAGUGCUGCAUAAACUCCAGGUUGUAAAGGCUCUGAAGUCUGAAGGGGUCUGUGAGUCUGUACUGUAUGGCCUGCCCUUCAUCAUCAAGCCCACAAGCUGCUGGCAGCUAGACUGGGAUGAACUGGAGAUAAACCAGCACAGCUUCCAUGCUCUAUGUCAUAGUCUUCUGAAAAGGAAGUGGAUGCUUUUGGCCAAACGUGAGCCACAGAACACUAGUCUAAACUGGAACAUCAUGGUGCAUUCCUACUACAUCAUUGUCCCUUCCGACUCUGCCACUCUACUUGUCAAAGCAGUCGCCAUCAGAGAGCUCUUGCUGCCAUCAACCUUCCCAGCCCUCCUUGCUGAACAUCCGGAGAGAGUGCAAGGCCCUAUAGAGGGUGCCCUGAACAGCUUGGAAGUAGAAGUUGCUUAUAACCCCUUGCACCUAAAAAGCAACCUCUACAAAUACCUGAAGAGUACGUUGUACAAAUCUCUGCACAGACAGCAGGCCCAGCCCAGGGACCAGCGACCAGAGCGGCAUCAACCCAAGCAGCAUCAGAGCAGAGCCAAAGCCACGGUGGCACCCCUUCUGAUGGCUCCUUCUCCUGUCCAAGUGCCCACACCAGCAGCCGUGAGGAGGGAUUCCAGUGGGCGCUUGCUGCUCCCCAAAGAGUAUGACGAGUUCCUGCAGUGA